AUGGGUCUAAAGAUGGCUGAAUUUGAACUGCUCCCAGUCUCCUCCGAGUACUUCUCCACGAAGUACGAUCCCGCGACCCACUCCGACGCCCCGUUCCUCCCCUACUGGGCCCGCUGCCGCACCCAGUACGCCCAGAACCUGCUCGACUGCUCCGACGAGCCCAUCGAAUACGAUCACGACGACGAGGACUACAGCGACAAUUGCUUCUUUUUCCCCGAGGACUGCUCGUGGACACCGCCUAAGGAUUGGGUUGUCGAGGCGCACUGUGGAAGCAACCCCCCGGUCGACAUCACCGUCGUCACCGACAAUAUGAUUCCAGGUCUACCAGAUAUCAAGAUGCUGGACUCGGAGGCUCUGGGUGACUUGCUCGAGGAUAACCUCUCCCCGCCGGAGAUCACCACAAUGAUGUAUGAUCAGAUGCCGUGGGUGCUCAUCUGCGGGGCAAGAGCUAACCAAUUCUUUGUUACUUACAGUGUGUUUGCAACCAACGGCGCCGUGUUCGCCUACGCCUCAUCCCUUUCAUCGCGCCAGCUCCGCAACCUGAGCGCGACAUACGGCGCUGCGUACACAUGCUACGCGAAAAACGCCUCGAGUGGAAACCUUACAGGCGUGAACCCUGCCAGUCACCCAUCGUCCUACGUGACGGCGCAGUCGAUGUCGUUAGGCGACGUCGGCUCGAUCGUCUUCGAGCUGGAUGACUCCGUCGCCGUCGUUACCCGCAUUGCCGACAAAGUCCUCUUGGCCGCAGUAGGCCCGUCCAAACCCAACACGGAUGCAACAAACGGCGCCGAUCCCUCCCACCUCGGCGUGGAUGGUGUGGGGGACCUAAUAACAGGCAACGGUGCCACAUCAGAUGAGUCACAGGGCGACGGCCACCGCACACCAACAGCAGCUCCUCCCUCUCCCAACCCGCUUCCCCAGAACGGGAACCUCGACGCCCAGCAUGAGAUCGACCGGAGCGCCGACCUGGCGCGACUAGCCAGCUUAAACCUGUCUGCUUCGCCCUCCGUGCUCCUUGCGCUGGAAUCGAAGUGUGCCGCGCUAGGCCGGUUCCUGGGCCAGAAGCUGAAUGACUUAGAGAGCCCGGAGGAUUUUUGA